AUGCGGUUCCAUCUAGCAUUUGUUGCAGUUUUCCUUUUACUCGCCGAGACCAUCACGGCCCAGGCGGAGGGAGAGCAGAGCUCAAACCCUCUGGCCAUCUAUCCCCCUUGCGCACAAACCUGCAUCAUAGAUGCCUUUACCAAAACAUCGUUUUGCCCGAACCCCCUCGACCAGACCUGCACCUGUGAGAAUGUUGGUUUCAACGACUUCAUGACAAAAUGCGUCAUGCAAAUAUGCACCGUACGAGAAGCCCUCACCACGCACAACAUCUCGAUCACCUCAUGCGGACAACCAGUGCGCGACCGGUCACACGAGCUUGUGCGAGAGGCAAUCGCCAUGUUGGUCACCACUGUCGUGGUUGUAGCGUCGCGAAUCGUCUUCAAGCUCCGUGCCAGAGGCCAGACAAUCUGGUGGGACGAUUACGCGAUCGUCUUCCUCCUGCUCUUCGGCGGCAUCCCAUCCAUGUGCCUCACCAUCGCCGUACUCGCACCGGCCGGUCUCGGCCGUGACAUGUGGGCUGUCCCGUUGGAAAACAUUGACAGGAUCUUCAAGUUUUCUUUCGUCUCCGCUGUCUUGUACCUGCCACAGGUUGCCGCCCUGAAGCUCACCUUUCUCUUUUUCUACCUGCGCAUCUUCCCCGGACGACGGACACGCCAGUUCAUAUGGGGCACCAUUGUGUUCAGUUGCCUCUUUGGCCUUGUCUUCUUCUUGCUUGGUAUUUUCCAGUGUUGGCCGGUCCAGUAUUGGUGGGUUUGGGACGGUUCACCAGGCGGCAAGUGUGUGAGCAAGGACGGCGUGCAGUUGAGCAGUGCCGUGAUUAGCAUCGUGCUCGACGUGUGGAUGAUGGCCAUACCUCUAUGGAAUGUACGCCGGCUUAAUCUCCAUUGGAAGAAAAAGCUUGGUGUAGCGGCUAUGUUUGGGGUCGGAGCAUUUGUCACCGUCGUAUGCUGCGUCCGACUCUCCUAUCUUAAGGACAUCACCAGUUCGACGAACCCCACCCAAGUCCUCUUCGAUAUCAUCCGCUGGUCCACCAUCGAAGGUUUCACAAGCUCCCUCUGCGCAUGCAUGCCCGUGCUGCGGCAGAUGCUGGUCGCCGUCUUCCCCAAGACUCUGGGCACGGGGACCAACAACGUCGCGUCCUCGGCAUACAUGCACUACAACAAGGAGGAUAGCCAGCUGCGCUCCGCUCCGGUAAUGCGCUCAGAAGUGCGGGUAGACCAUUCCGUAGCCGGCCCCGAACCCGGUCAUUAUUGGUCUGUGAACUCUCACAGUACACUCCAGCGAAGUGAUGAUGAGGAGCUCAUUAUCCAAUACCCUGCGCGUAUUCCGCUAAGGGAUGUUCGUCAGUGA